UUCUUGAGCACACUUUGGACGACAUUUUUCGUGCCCGUUGGCCAUGGCGCAGCUGCGUAAGCGCCGUCGCUCUGUCCUCCUUGCGGUGGCCCUUGCUUUGGCCUUGGCCUUGCUACCACACCCACAUGCAGAGCCAGGAUUGACCACAGGUUCUCACGAAGUGGAUGAACACCAAGCAGAAAUCGAGGAAGCGGAAAACACAUGCAUCUCCCUGAUGCUUCUGGGGUGUAUGGGCUUUAUGAUGGCGACCUUCUACUUGGUGAAUUGGCCAGAUUCGGACAUCCGACAGAUCAGUUGGGAAGUGAUCAGUUCGACCACCAGCGUUUUUGGUGCCCUUUUGUUGUUCCAAGGCUGUAAUCGGGUUGUGGAGUUCUACUUCCUCAGUGGCUUUUCGCCUUGGCAGCAAGUGCUUGUGAACAUGCUACACAUGUUGCUGUGGUUUGCCGUUUUGCAGCUGGUUUUGGCAUACUACGCCGGGGCCUUAGGAGAGCAUCAAAUCCCCUUAGAGCGGCGCAAGUCCUUGUCGCGGGUCGCUACGGAAGCGUUGAGUCCUCACAUGCGCGUGGCGCACUUGGAAUCGGCCGAGCAGAAUCUGCAUGACAUCAAGCUGAAUACCCAUGCAUGGGGAAUUCUGCUUGGACAUGUCACAGGAUUUGCUGCUGUGAAUGCUUGGAGCAGCCUGCAGCAAGUGGUGCCGAGUUUUUUGAGUUUUCUCGUGCCCAUCGUUGCUUUUGCCAGCAUCUCUGGAAUCUACAAGGCUACUGCGCGCUGGCGCUACGAGAAGACCAUGGCAGAUGGUGAGGAGGAUGAAUUCGAGGUCAUUUGGGGAGAGCAUGUUGCGGAGACCGAAGAUGAAGUCAUCUCCUUAUCCGUCUCCUUCCUCACGGUGCAGCUGCUGCGCUUCUGCAUCACGGGGCAGCUUCCCGAGGCCUCCGGUGAAGAUUCGGAGAACAGCCCACCGCACUCGUUGUGGUCCUGCACCCUCUUGCUGCUGGUGGGCGUCAUCCUGGGCCUGGCCGAGAUGGGGCGCCUCCUCCUCGCGCGCCGCGCGGGAACCGGCGCCUUCGCCCGGGCCGUGAGUGUGGAGUCGUCCGCCGAGGGGGCGGAGCGAGGUGCCACUUGGUACCAGAAGAUUUCGGCCAUGAGCUUCGCCUGGUGUUUGCACAUCUCCGUGGAUUGGUCCAUCGCCGCCCACCUCCAAUUGGACGACUCCAUGAAGGCGGUGGUAUCCGCCCUGCUGGGCACCUGUUUGGCCUUCCUACUGAUCUUUGGCUUAGACAAGGUGGCGGACAACGCCGACGACAUCGAGGUGGAUGGCGCCAUCCGCACCGUGAUCUCGGCGCUGGGCAUGUUGGUUGGCAUCUCCUGGGAGCGCUGCUUCGACGCGGCCGUGGGGGGCGUCACCACCUCGGCGAUGCGGACACCUGGGCGGCACCUGCCGGUGCCGGUGAUGAAUUUGCUGCUGGCCGUCGUGCUGGCGCUCAUGGUGCUGCCUGCUUGGAAGUGGUAUAUCUUGCCCAAGCUGCAUGAGGAGGACUCCGAUGGAGUGCAGGUGGAGACGAAGGAGACGAAGGAGCCGACCCCCUGGGGAGAUGAAACUCGUCUGUUUGGACGGCUUGGGAAGACGCGUGCGGCGGAAAGCGAAGAGAAGGACGGUGGCUUCCUCCGACGCACGGAGGAAGACCUUUGGUCGGAGGCGACGGAGGCCGUUCCCCCCCUCCAGAAGAGUCCUUCGCCGCGGUCUCAAGGGCCGACCGUGACUCGCGCCGAGCACCGUUCGGUUGAAACAGACAUGGAUUUUCAUCUGAUAGAUGAGCUGGAUUCAGCACCCGUGGACACUCCGAAUCGUGUCUGCUCAACGCCACUGUUUUGCAGCACGACUCCAAAGAUCAUUUCAAUCUAGUUCCAAUUCGAAGUCUUUGAGCUUGCCCAGAGGCAUAUGAGUAGGACCGACUUGCUGAUCUUGCCCGGGUUCAAUUCCUUUUCCAUUUCCUUGAGUAUAGUUGACAUGUUCAUUGUCGCCUAUUUGCAAGAGACAAUAGGUCCCGAUACUGUUUAUCAAACUUUUCAUAGGCCAUCACAUGAUAUGGCCCAGAUCAGGCCGGGGCUCGCAAGACUCACCCUGUUGUGAAUCCAGG